AUGCGUACAGGGCUUCCUCGUAAGACAAUGAUUCCCUGUGUUCUGCUCGCCUUUUUGUUGACUGUGGAAGCGGUUGCAGGGCAGUCGACUGUGCUUCGUUAUGGUCGAAAAAGCGAACUUCCACGACAUUUGCAAAAGGCUAAGAUGAAUGCCAUUCCGCUAUCAAACGCUGAUUACUCCAUAGCUCAAGGAACAUCGUUUGCUUACUCCUACCUGAACGCUCAUUUGAACGCGGUUGACACUUCCUACACAGAAAACCUUUCUCUUACUAUCACAAACCCUACCGAUCAGAUUGCAUCGGUCACGAUCACAUCAUCAUACGUGAACUUUACCACUAUGAAUGUACUUGUCGGAGGAGGAGAAGUGAAAACGGUGUCCAUCACUCCAGCGGACAUUCAAACUGACUAUAUGGAUCAGUACCUGCAAUACGUGGUAAUAGAGAACAAAGUGCUGUUUGUCAACUCAAAUGCCACCAUUUCUUUGAUCGCCAGCAACAGUCUCACUGGUGGAGGGGGCGAAGACAAAUUCGUCGUUCUACCGAUUUGUCAACUCGGUAUGGAGUACCAUGUAGUUGGUGACGAGUCCUCUCACGUCUUUCAGAGCUAUGAGUCUACGAACAUCAUCACUAUCAUCGCCACACAGGACAACACUACGGUAAGAUCUCACAAAUAA